AUGAACAAAUCAAAAAAUGAAAGACGAAGUAAAAAAUAUAAUUUGAUUAUUUAUAAUCUAGCAGGUAAAAAUAUUCUGGAGACUGUUAUAGAGUUAUUUAAUCAAAAACUCGUUGUUAGCUGUGUGGAGAAUGACAUUCGAGAUGCUUACAGAUUAAAUUCUGGAGAUACGCCAGAUAAACCUAAGCCAAUCAUAAUUGAAUUCACCAACAGCCGCAUAAAAAGUAAAAUCCUAUCUCACGCAAAAAAUUUAAAAGGUACCGGAAUAUACAUUUCUCUUGACUAUACAAGCGAAGAUUACCAGAAGAAGAAGCUGCUGUUUCAUCAUCAGAAGUUGGCACGUCAACAAGGUCGGACUGCCUCUAUUAGAGGCAAUUCUCUUAUAAUUGAUGGAACACCUUACGAUGUAGAAGAACUACAAGAUGAUCUUACUAGACUUCCACGCAGCGAUAGUACUUCCUCAAAUUCUAGCACCUCGAAGACAAAAACCCACGACCUUGAUAUAGAAAAAACACAAAAAAAGACUCAAAUUGUUUACAGAGGGCUAAGAUCACAAAAAUAA